AGAGAGUUAACUCGAAAUUUCGAGUUAGCUCUGCCAAUCCGUAAUCUACGUGGAAUGCACACUCAAAACCAGAUCACAAAUUGGUGCUUUUGAGAGUACGUUUGCUGAUAGUAACGCCAUGUGAUUCAGCUAAUACCACAAGGAUUUCAUCAUUCGUGAAGCCACGCUGAAAAUAAUCAGCAAUUUGUGCAUUCAUGAGUGGCUCUAAUACCGGUAGCUUAGCUGUAGCAUUUGUAGCUGUGGGCUUCAGCUUCUGGGUAACAAGGAAAUUAUGUCAUUCACGAAAGAAAGAUGGAAACUUUUUUUCUGUUGUUUUUUUAGUGGCGAAAAUGGGCUUCCAUAGUUUUGACAUCAUAGUGUCACACAGUUGUUGCAGAUUUGUCAGCUGCUCAUCCAGGAUGCAAAUCUCCCAUUUCGCCACAUCCUAAAGGUUCUCUGUUGGAUUGAGAGGUGGUGAUUGUGGAGGUCAUUUGAGUGCAGUGAACUGAUUGUCUUGUUCAAGUGACUAGUUUGAGGUUAUUUGAGCUUUCUGACACUGCAUUACCCUGCUGAAAGCAGGCAACAGAAGAUGGGUCUACUGUGGUCACAAAUGGAUGGACAUGGGUCAUCAUCAAUGAUCAGGUAGCCCGUAGCCUAUAAAACCAUGCACAUUUGGCCCAAUAUUAAGAAAUACCAUUGCAUCACCAUCUGCAGCCAUAAACGUUAAUACGAAGCAGGAUGGAUCAAUGAUUUUGUGUUGUUUAUGCCAAAAUCAAAUGAGUGUCUAAUGACUGUAGUUAUUUAAGGAAUAGUGAGGUUGUUGUUAGAUUUCAGCAUCACCUAUACAGUAUUUAUAAAUAUUAGGAAAGUUUAGCUUAGUGUGAUGGCCAGAACAUAAGAGAAGUGCUCUUUGGGUCUUGUUUUGUGCUAAACAUUUCCUCUUCAAGAUAAGAAGGAACUUAUCUUCACCAUAUAAAAGACAGUAGCAGAGAGUUGCCACUGGCCUGAUGGUUUUACUUUGGAAACUCUGGCCUAAAUUUCUUUUAUGUUGAAUUUGGAUUUUGAGCUGACAGAUGAAAACCACAGAUGAACUUUAGUUCAACCUGAAUUCUAAUUCUGAUGAACAUCUGUUAUUUAGUACAAGAGUAGAGAAAAACACAUUUAAAAUGUUGUAUCUACUCUUGCCCACAUAUAGGCAGAUGUUACAUGAGUUAUCUUCUACUCUAUGACCUGUCUAGCUGAUUUCCUUGAAAGUAUAAAGCCAAGGUGGAAUUCAGUGAGUGAAUCUGAUUAGCAUCAUCAUCUUAAAUUUAAUUUGAUGUCUGGUACCCUUGAUGUGACCUAACACUGACCAUGAACACUACAGCUGCUCUACACCAGUCCAACAUAAUGCAUUACUGUAAACUUAACAACAGAGAUGCAAACUAACCAGCAUAGCCUGCAUUAAAUCCCAUAGUAUAUUUUAUUCAACCUUUGAAUAACAGAAAGUUAAUAUACUUCAAUUUCCUUUGCAGGAAGUUUCCCAAUGUGGAGAAAACAUACUGAAACUUCAGCAACACACUGUGUACAGAUCGAGUAUUUAAAAUGAUUGAGGAAAUUACAAGCUUUACAUUUCCAAUUCAUCAAAUAUCACUGAGCAGUCCUUACCUUUAAAAAUAAUCACAUUUCUUCCUCUCCUGGUCUAGUCAUUUUUACAACUUCAUUUUAUCAGACCAGCUACUGCCCCUUGUUCACAAGGGGUUUGCUUGUAUGUUUGAUUUAGAAGAUUUUUACACCAACUUUCCUGUGUCUCCUUCCAGUAAUGAAGCAGGAGUCUUUUUCUUGUUUCACAAAGAUUUACUGAGAAAUAAAGCAGUGUAUCUUUAGCUAGCCGCCACACUCUAUGACAUGCUGCACAGAAACAGCUUGUGUGUUUGUUGAUGUUUGCUGCGCUGUUUGAAUGUUUCAUUUGAAAUUUCCUGCCACUUAAAGAAACAUUACUCGGUUUUAUCUUCUACUGUGACACUAGAGAGAUGCUUAAGUAACAUGACUGCAACUUAUUGGCAUUGGCCCCAAAACACUGUUCUGGAUCAUUCCAGCCAACUUUAACCCUGAACAUACUGCAAUUGUGAUACAUUAAUUUUUUAAACCUUUUUCUUUAUGUGCAAUAAGCACCGGGAAUGGAUAUACUAAUAGGGUUUUCAUGUAUAUUUUACUUUUUCCUCCAUUUAGGUUCAAAUCAGUUUAAUGUUUGAAAGUGUGCAGUGAAGGGAAAUAAUAAUGUUCCUCAAAUUUCUCAUUUGAUUAUUUUACAAAGUAGAGACAAGAGACAUUUAAAAUGUAGGGAGUAAAAGUAAAAGGUUCUCUCUUGAUUAUUAUAAUUACAUCACACAUGUAUAACUCGAUGAUAGGAACAGCUGAUUGACCACUGAUUUAGGGAUUGAUUUCUUGCAUGUGUUUGAUCACUGCACAACAUGUCAAAGUUGUCUUUGACACUGUUGCAUUUGGAUCAUUCUGAAACUCUCUGGCAGGGAACCCAGAGAGAGAUACGGCACAGUCUAUGAGGCAUUCAUAUUUAAUAGUGCAUAGGUCUUUGUAACACAUCACAUUAGUCAGGCCUAUUAGUAAGAUGGAUCUUUUCCUCUCACUGCUCUGUCUCAGUGAGGGAAAAGCAGACUUUUUCCAUUUUGAGGGAUGGAAGAGGAGUUGAGUCUCACCUGGAAUUGAUCAUUGUCAUGUAAAAUCUUAAUUUUAUCUACUGACGAGCAGGUAAUUAGAUCUAAUUUUACCAUAGCUGAAAGGAAUUUAUAUGUAUGACAGCCAACUCUAGGCUCAUUAUAGCUUCCUUUUUCCUCUGACCUAAGAGCAGAAACAAACACACUGUUCUUUCUUCUCGAUUAAAAAUUAUUAAUGAAAGGCAGGUCAUAACAAAAUGAAUUUUAAUUUGCAUUUUUUUAGCCAAAUAAUGUUGGAUGUAAGAAAAAUAUAACUCUGCUAUUUAAACUGCUCCCUAUAUUGUGUCUUUCUAAUGCCAGAGGCCUUUCUGUUGCUCGAGGCUAGCUGCUCACUCUGAAGGUGCAGCAUGAAAAGAUGGAACAGCUGCUUGUACCACCAGGUCCAGACAGCUUCCGUCCCUUUACCCAUGAGUCACUUAAAGCCAUCGAAAAACGGAUUACUGAAGAGAAUGCCAAGAAACCCAAGGGAGAGAAGAAAAAGCGCAAAAAUGAAAUUAAGCUCAGACCAAACCGUGACCUGGAGGCAGGCAAACCACUCCCCCUUGUAUAUGGAGACAUUCCUCAAGGACUGGUGUCGAUACCACUGGAGGACCUGGAUCCCACCUACAGUAAUCAGAAGACUUUCAUUGUAUUAAACAAAGGAAAGGUCAUUUUUCGCUUCAAUGCCAGUCCAGCCUUGUACCUCCUGAGUGCCUUCAACCCUCUACGAAGGCUAUCAAUUCGGAUUCUGGUACACUCAUUGUUCAAUGUGGUGAUCAUGUGCACUAUUCUCACUAACUGUGCAUUUAUGACACUGAACCAACCACCUGACUGGGCAAAGAACGUGGAGUACACAUUUACAGCGAUUUACACCUUUGAAUCCCUCGUUAAAAUUUUAGCUCGGGGGUUCUGUAUAGGAAAGUUCACAUUUCUAAGAGAUCCCUGGAAUUGGCUGGAUUUCUCUGUCAUUGUCAUGGCGUAUGUAACAGAGUUUGUAUCCCUGGGCAAUGUUUCAGUCCUUCGGACAUUCAGAGUAUUAAGAGCUUUCAAAGCAAUUUCUGUCAUUCCAGGCCUAAAGACCAUUGUUGCUGCAUUGUUCCAGUCAGUGAAGAAGCUUGCUGAUGUGAUGAUUCUCACAGUUUUCUGCCUGAGUGUCUUUGCCCUAAUAGGUUUACAACUGUUUAUGGGCAAUCUGAAAAAUAAGUGCAUACUAGAAGAAUUUAUACAAAGCUAUUGGAAUAACACAAAUGUGACUGUGGACUUUGAAAAUAAAAGUCUUUAUUAUUACCUUCCUUCGAAUAGCAAAGAUCCACUGCUUUGUGGAAACAGCAGUGGAGCUGGGCAUUGUCCAGAGGGGUAUAUAUGCUACAAAGCAGGAAAGAACCCAGACUAUGGUUACACCAGUUUUGACUCAUUUGGUUGGGCCUUCCUGUCACUGUUCAGACUGAUGACCCAGGAUUAUUGGGAAAACCUUUACCAGCAGACUUUGCGUGUAUCUGGGAAGCCCUACAUGAUUUUUUUUUUGCUCAUCAUAUUCCUUGGUUCCUUCUACCUGAUCAACCUAAUUUUGGCGGUUGUAGCCAUGGCCUAUGAGGAGCAGAACCAGGCCGCUGCAAAGGAAGCUCAGGAGAAGGAAGAGGAGUUUAAGGCCAUGGUUGAGCAGCUGAGACAACAACAAGAGGAAGCUCAGGCAGCACUAGCUGCUGCAGCAGCAGUGGGUGGGGAGGCCGGUGAUAAAGUUGGUGGCACAGAGAGUUCCUCUGAUGCCUCUAAGCUGAGCUCCAAAAGUGCAAAGGAGAGACGCAACAGGCGAAAGAAAAAAAAGGAGGAAGAAGGAAAAGAGACCGAGGGAAAACUUCCCAAAUCUGAGUCACAGGACAGUAUACAGAGGGCUCGCAGUCGCUUCUCUGUGGAUGCAAACCUGCUCAAAUAUGACAUGAAAUGCUCAUCUGCACAUCAGGCUGACACCACUGACACAGAAUAUAGACAGAGCAUUGGAGGAAUAAACCAGGGAUAUAUGGACUACCUUCAGAGCCCAGAGGCCAGACAGAGAGCUCAUAGUAUUGCUAGUGUCAUAACCACCACAAUGGAGGAACUUGAAGAGUCACGGCAGAAGUGUCCUCCUUGCUGGUAUGAUUUUGCCCACACCUUCCUAAUCUGGGAGUGUUGUCCAGGAUGGCUGAAAUUAAAAAAAAUUGUCAAACUAAUCGUGAUGGACCCAUUUAUGGAUCUAUUCAUCACCAUCUGCAUCGCACUAAACACAUUGUUUAUGGCCAUGGAACAUUAUCCAAUGAGUGAUGGGUUCCAAAGCAUGCUUGCUGUUGGCAAUAAGAUAUUCACCGGCAUCUUCACGGCUGAAAUGGUCUUCAAGGUGAUUGCACUGGAUCCAUACUAUUACUUUCAGGAGAGAUGGAAUAUCUUUGAUGGGAUCAUUGUCAGUUUAAGCUUGAUAGAGCUUUGUUUGGAAAGUUUGAAGAACAUGUCUGUUUUGAGAUCAUUCCGAUUGCUUAGAGUAUUCAAGUUGGCUAAAUCCUGGCCCACUCUAAAUAAACUGAUCAAAAUAAUUGGUAAUUCAGUGGGGGCUUUGGGCAACCUGACACUGGUCUUGGCCAUUAUCGUCUUCAUCUUUGCUGUGGUGGGCAUGCAGCUAUUUGGAAAAAAAUACAAGGACUGUGUGUGUAAAAUUUCUGAGGACUGCACACUUCCUCGUUGGCACAUGAAUGACUUCUUCCAUUCAUUCCUCAUUGUUUUCCGGGUGCUUUGUGGAGAGUGGAUAGAAACCAUGUGGGACUGUAUGGAAGUGGCUGGGAUUCCCAAGUGUCUCACUCUCUACAUGAUGGUCAUGUUUAUAGGAAACCUUGUGGUAUUGAACCUCUUCUUGGCUCUUUUGCUGAGUUCAUUCAGUGCUGACAACCUGGCAAAGCAAGAAGAUGACCCUGAGUCAAACAAUUUGCAAAUUGCCAUGGCACGCAUACACAAAGGCAUUGCCUUCACAAAGUCGGUGCUUCGAAGCACCUGCAGCAGCGCCUGCCUCAGAGAUAAGAAGCAAAAGAAGGAUGAGGAAAAAUCUCUGGAUGAACUCCACAAACCUUUAGGGUCAAACGGAAUCUCCAAUCAUGGCAAUGGAGAGGUGAUUGGCGUGGACAAAACUGGGGACAAAUACAUAGUCAGCAGCAGGAGUGAUGAUUCCAUAAUGUCGUUCAUCAACAACCCUAGUGUGACUGUCACUGUUCCUAUUGCUAUCGGAGAGUCUGACUUUGAAAAUCUUAACACUGAGGACUUCAGCAGUGCAUCAUCAGAUGCAGUAGGAUGCCCUGCGAUCGUUGAAGAUGAUGAUGAUGAUGGACAGUUCAGCUCUUCAGAGGGAAGCACAGUGGAUGGUCUUCCAGCUGGAGAGGGAGCAAUUUCCGUAGACUUUGAAUUAGAAGACACUAUGGAGCCCGAUCCCUGUUUCCCUGCUGCCUGUGUGCAGACAUUCCGUUGUUGUCAAGUAAAUGUAGAUGUGGGCUGGUGGAAGACAUGGUGGACACUACGAAAAACCUGUUAUCGGAUAGUGGAGCACAACUGGUUUGAGAGCUUUAUUAUCUUCAUGAUCCUGCUUAGCAGUGGGGCCCUUGCAUUUGAGGAUAUCUACAUUGAGCAAAGGAAGACUAUUAAAACAGUUUUGGAGUAUGCAGACAAAAUUUUCACCUACAUCUUUAUUCUGGAGAUGUUACUGAAGUGGGUGGCAUAUGGAUUUGCCAAGUAUUUUACAAAUGCCUGGUGCUGGUUGGACUUCCUAAUUGUUGAUGUCUCACUGGUCAGUCUGGUAGCCAACGCAUUAGGUGCUAAUGAACUUGGUGCCAUCAAGUCUCUGAGAACUCUAAGAGCUCUGAGGCCACUGAGAGCCCUGUCACGCUUUGAGGGCAUGAGGGUGGUUGUCAAUGCCCUAUUGGGAGCCAUUCCCUCUAUCUUCAAUGUGCUGCUGGUAUGCCUCAUCUUCUGGCUCAUUUUCAGCAUCAUGGGGGUCAACUUAUUUGCGGGAAAGUUCUACUAUUGUGUCAACACAACCACAAAUGAGCCGUUUACUGCAUCAGAAGUGAAACAUAUGAAAGAGUGUAAUUUCACGGAUUCUAAGGUGAAGAACGUCAAGGUCAACUUUGAUAAUGUUGGCAUGGGUUACCUUGCACUGUUGCAAGUGGCUACAUUUAAGGGUUGGAUGGACAUCAUGUAUGCUGCUGUUGAUUCUCAAAGCAAGCCAGAAGAACAACCAGACUAUGAGAACAACCUAUAUAUGUACUGUUAUUUUGUUGUUUUCAUCAUAUUUGGAGCAUUUUUCACACUCAAUCUCUUCAUUGGUGUCAUUAUAGACAACUUCAAUCAGCAAAAGAAAAAGUUCGGAGGUCAAGACAUCUUUAUGACUGAAGAACAAAAGAAAUACUACAAUGCCAUGAAAAAACUGGGGUCAAAAAAACCACAAAAACCGAUCCCUAGACCAUCGAACAAGAUUCAAGGAUACAUCUUCGAUUUUACCACCAAGCAAUCAUUUGAUAUUGUGAUCAUGGUUCUAAUAUCGCUUAAUAUGAUCACUAUGAUGGUGGAAACUGAUGAACAAUCAGACUACAAGAAAAACGUCCUCUACUAUGUAAAUGUGAUAUUCAUUGUCGUCUUCACUGGAGAGUGCAUAUUAAAGAUGCUCUCACUCCGGCACUACUUUUUCAUGAAUGGCUGGAAUAUAUUUGAUUUCAUCGUUGUUAUUCUGUCAAUCAUCGGUUUGUUUCUCUCCGAAAUAAUAGAAAAAUACUUUCUUUCACCAACCUUGUUCAGAGUCAUCCGACUGGCACGGAUUGGCCGCGUCCUCCGCCUUAUUAAAAGUGCCAAAGGAAUACGCACACUCUUGUUUGCCUUGAUGAUGUCACUUCCUGCCUUGUUCAACAUUGGUCUCUUGCUGUUCUUGGUGAUGUUCAUCUAUGCGAUCUUUGCCAUGUCAAACUUUGCAUAUGUCAAGAAGGAAAGAGGUAUUGAUGAUCUUUUCAAUUUUGAGACUUUUGCAAACAGCAUGAUCUGUCUGUUCCAAAUCACCACCUCAGGUGGAUGGGAUACCCUACUAUAUCCCAUUCUCAACAAAAAUGAAGAUGACUGUGACCCUGAGAUGGAGAAUCCUGGUAGUAAUUUUAAAGGAAACUGUGGAAAUCCUACACUGGGAAUUACUUUCUUUGUGAGCUACAUCAUCAUCUGUUUCCUUAUUGUGGUGAAUAUGUACAUUGCAGUCAUCCUGGAAAACUUUGGUGUAGCUACUGAAGAGAGCGCUGACCCACUGAGUGAGGAUGAUUUUGAAAUGUUUUAUGAGGUCUGGGAAAGGUUUGAUCCUCAUGCAACACAGUUCAUUGAGUAUAAAAUGCUUUCAGAAUUUGCAGAUAAUCUGGAACCACCAUUGCGCAUAGCCAAGCCUAACAAGUUUGACCUGAUCUCUAUGGACUUACCGAUUGUGAGUGGUGACCGCAUUCACUGCCUAGACAUCCUGUUUGCAUUCACAAAGCGUGUUCUAGGUGAGGGUGGAGAAAUGGACAUUCUAAAGGAGCAAAUGGAAGAGCGUUUCAUGGCCUCAAAUCCUUCCAAGUUGUCCUACGAACCCAUCACUACCACCCUCCGUCGCAAACAGGAGGAGGUUUCAGCUGCUGUCAUCCAGAGAGCAUUCAGGCAUUAUACAAGGAAGUGUCCAGGAAAAGACAGAAGGUCCCAUGACACAUCCAAUAUUAACAAUCAAAAGGAUAAAAAGCUCAUUAACAAGGGAAAGCAUGACACAGACAAACUUAAAAACACGUCUAGUGCCAAUAAAAGCAAACUGACACCUUCUGCUGCCUCUCAACCUUCAUGUAACAGUGUGACAACAAAUGGAAAAAACAAAUAUGAAAAAGACAAAAGUGAAAAGGAGGUUGUGAGCAAAGAUGUCAAAGAACAAGAUAUGUAAAGGAAAUCUGUGCUACACCAAAGACAAUGUAGUGAAUGCAAAAUGUUUACAACCUUCCACAGUGACUAAGACAUCCAGUGGAUUCUCUUCUAUAGUAUGGAUAUCUACUAUGCCAAACUGACUGUGCUUGCUUGAGUCUAGAGGAGAGUUUCUAAAAUAGAAAAGAGCCAUUCAGGCUACAGUAUGACAGUAUGACUCACUUGGAUGAAUUGAAGAGCAAAGAUCCAUUAUGUCUGCUUGUGAGGUGAGACGACAUUACUUAGUGUUCUGAAAGGCAUAUUAGUUACUGCUUUACUUGUAUUGCAGCUAGUUCUGCUACCCAGUGUCUUGAAUUGUUGUUAUAUCACUGAUUGGUGUAUUACUCAACUUAAUUUUUCAAGCAGGAAAAAAGGAGAGUUAUAUGCUAUUGCUGAAAAAAAAAAAUCAUAGUUUGGUUAAUUGUCUUUUUAUACAUUUUUUUACUCUUCAGAAAGGGUUGUAUCUUCAGGUAUAGGCUUUACACAGAAAUGCACUGCUUUAAGGUUAUUUUUGCUUGUCACUAAUAGUACUUCAAAUCCUAGAGACAUUGUCAGUGAUUAUACAUGCUAGAGUGUGCGCCAUGAUUUGUCCACCAGAUGCAAAGAAGCCUUGGUAAGGCUGCUUUUUUAUUACAAUACAGAAACUUACCCUUCAAUCGAAACAAAUCACAAAGAAGUUUGCUGAUUAUAUUUGAUUAUCAGUGUCAGAUCAGUAACCCUUGAAAAAUACUUUGUACACUGUUAAAUCAUUUUUCAAAUCAUUCUCCAUAUGUUGUUGUAUUUGGCCAACAGGGGUUUGAUGCAUCCAAUAGGAGCUAUAAGGUGAAAAUUGCAAUUGUUUAUAAAAAACUUAAAUAUGGUUGGAAAUUCUUAUUUCUGAGACACAUGGAUACUGUUGUCAUUACAUGUCCCUUCUGUUAAGCUGUUUUUACAUAAUCUUCAAUGGACAUUUUUGUAAAUUAUAACUGUAAAAGGGGUGGGGUGUUGUUUUAUUUUAUGUAAAAAGUUUUCUCAGAGUGCACCAUUAAAUCUUUUUAUGUUUUUUGUCUAAGCCAAGUGAAAUAUGGCUCACAAUAUUCUGAAUGACCUCAAGGAUAUGGCUUUUCACAUCUCCCAUGUCCUAAGCUAUUUCCUACUUCUGUUUACAUUUUAUAUUGUGUUCAUUUUUUCAGUUAUUCACACAUCCAAUCACAUCCAUCCUAAACUGUUUCAUAAACUUUUCUCGUUCUGUGUUAUAAAAGUAUAAAUCCAUUCAUGUAAUUACAUUCUGCAUGUAAUUAAAACGUUCAACAUAAAGGUAUACUGUAUGCAUAAUGCAAGAAUGUUUUGAUUACAAAGACUUUAACAACUCCCAUCAUUUAUAUGCAUAAUGCUUGUAGUGUAUAAAUUACCUGCAUGCAAGACAAUGCUAUAACCUAUUUCACUGAAAAGCUAAAGGAAUAAAGAUUACAUUUAAGUCAAGUAUGCCUACAACAUUCAUUUAUUUUAUCACGGAAAGUAAAGUAUGAGCGGCAUUAUUUAAUUCAUGACUGUUUAAGUGGAGUGUGAGGGUGGAACUGGAAGGGGAUUAUGGGAAAAGCUAUUCAGUGAGACGAUUUGAUUGCAUUAGAUUAUAACAUUUGUCUUCUUAUCAUUCACAGUAUUUCCUGGAAUAGCAGUGUACUACUUUCUGCCUUUUGUCCAUUCAAAUGUGUUUGUUAAGAACUACUUUCAUUUUUAUUUACUUUUGUUAUGUGUAAUAUGCUUUGUUUACCCAUCUACAGCCCUUAUAUUUUUGAGAUUCUAGAAUGACUUUGUCGUUGUACUCUAAAAUUGGAGGGGGGGGACAAUAUGGCUGAGCCAUAUAUAGCAAUUCCUAAAUAAAAUGACCAGUAAGAACAGCAAUGACCACAACAAGAUGCAUGUUUAUCUUAUGAGCAGAGAACAUACACUUUGUUUGUUUUAUGGGGGAAUAAAACUGUCAGAAUGAAAAAAAAAUAAAUGA